AUGCGAACACAGUCUACAUCUAUGCCAUCUUCAAGUGGUAGACAACGCCUGGAAAAGUUAUUGGGAGUUGAUGGUGGGGAUGAUGAUGAAUUUUCUGUCGCCGACUAUGUGAAUAAGAAAUCUCUGACUGGGGACAGAAGAGUAGGAAAGAGACAUACUAAAAGGAAUGAUUUUAGAUUACAAGAACUUCGAUCUGCCCAGAACAACUACUCAGGCUGUCAUAAAGUGAAAGACAAGAGAGGGAGUACACAAAAGGGUUCAUAUGCUAAUCAGCCUGUGUCAUUUGUAUCAAGUGGCAUAAUCCAGUCAGAAACUGAACAGGUUACAGUUGUUGAGGCUGAAGAGACUUGUAGGAAAGAUGUCACCAGCUCUGCUAAUAUAGGUUCAUUUGAAGAACACACUACUGGUUUUGGUUCAAAAAUGAUGGCUAAAAUGGGAUACAUGGAGGGAGCAGGAUUGGGGAAAAAUGGUCAAGGGAUGGCACGGCCCAUUGAGGUUAUUCAAAGGCCUAAAUCACUUGGUUUGGGUGUAGAAUUCUCCAACAAUAACCCAUACUUUUUAUCGUAUUCUCAUCCCUGUUCUUGA